AACACAUUGAUCAAACGUCCAAUCUAAUUAAGAUCGGCGUUUAGUUCCCGCUACUACUAAACAAGGAUCUGAACAUGCUGAAGGCAUCAUAUUACGUGUCAGGUCAGACACGAAGUCACCAUUAGCCAAUCAGAAAGUCUCCGGAUCCCGACGGGGCCAUUAACAUGGAGCAGCCAAAGCUUGGCUUUGUGGACGAGGAUCCCGACAUGGUCAACAUUCAGCUCAGUGCCAAGAUUAAGGAGUGUGGAGCUGGCAUCUGCACCCUCAACACCCUCAAGAAGAAGGUCCCCAGUCUCAAGUGGAUACCGAAAUACAGUGUUCGUGAUCUGCAGUGUGACCUCAUCGCUGGUCUCACAGUGGGGCUGACUGUCAUUCCACAGGGUCUAGCCUAUGCCAAACUUGCCGGACUACCUCCUCAGUAUGGGCUGUACUCCUCCUUCAUGGGGUGCUUCAUCUACUGUCUCCUGGGGACAUCCAAGGACAUCACCCUGGGGCCCACGGCCAUCAUGUCCCUCAUGACAGGGGCCUUCGCAACAUCUCCAAUCAAAAACGAUGGCACGUAUGCCGUUGUUCUCAGUCUCAUGUGCGGACUAGUACAGUUUGUAAUGGGAAUUCUCAAUUUAGGAAUCCUUGUUAAUUUUAUUUCCUAUCCAGUCAUCAACUCUUUCACAUCUGCUGCUGCCAUCACAAUAGCAUUUGGCCAGGUCAAGAGUCUGCUGGGCCUUCAUAAUAUACCGAGAUCAUUUGGCCCCAUGGUAUAUGCAACAUUUAAAAAUAUAGGAAAGACAAAUCCAUGGGACCUGUUACUAGGAAUUUGUUGUUUGGUAUUAUUAUUCCUUUUGAAAAAAUUACGGACAUUGAAAUGGGGUGAUGAGGGAGAGGAGGACAUCCCCAGGACCCAGACUGUGGCCAGGAAGUUUAUCUGGCUCAUCGGGACUGGCGCCAAUGCCAUCAUAGUGAUAUCUGCAGCUGGCAUUGCAGCAUCACUACUUAGCCAAAAUAUCACAGGAAAAUUGACCAUCACCGGCCACUUGAAGGAGGGGUUACCUCCCUUUAAACCACCCUCCUUCUCUGUCAGUAAUGGCACACAUACAUACUCUGCUAGCGACAUCUUUAGUUCUAUAGGUGCUGGGUUUGGUAUUGUCCCUUUGAUUGGUUUGGUGGAGACAAUUGCCAUAGGGAAGGCUUUUGCCCGACAAAAUAACUACCGUAUUGAUCCAAGCCAGGAACUAGUUGCUAUUGGGGUGGCAAAUAUCAUCAGCUCGUUUGUGUCGUCCUACCCCGUGACGGGCAGCUUCUCGAGAACUGCUGUCAACUCUCAGAGUGGCGUGAGAACACCAGCAAAUGGCAUAUUCACAGGUGCCCUCAUCCUGUUGGCGCUGGACCUCCUGACCCCCCUGUUUUACUACAUCCCCAACGCAGCUCUCGCUGCUGUCAUCAUCUCGGCCGUGCUGCAGAUGGUGGACUACAAGAUAGUCCUCAUUCUCUGGAGAGCCAACAAGUUGGAUCUUGUGCCUUACACCAUCACUUUUGUUGCAUCUUUGGCUAUAGGGAUUGAGUAUGGCAUUCUGGUUGGCAUCGGCAUCUCCGUCUUGAUGCUCCUGUAUCCAACGGCCAGACCCACCCUCAAGUCCCUCUCACGUCCCGGGAUCCUGGUCGUCCGACCCGACCAGGGGCUGCUGUUCCCGGCUGCGGAGUACUUCCAUGAGACAGUCCUGGAGAAGGCAAUCAGUGGUGGCCGUCAGAGAUCUGUAAUUCUAGAUUUCCAGCAUAUCAGUGGGAUUGACUACAGUACUGUCAUGGGUCUGAUGCAGCUGUUGGCAGAGAUGAAGAGGAGGGGACUUGGGGUCAUCCUGGUACAUGUGUCACCUCCAGUGAUGUACAGUCUUCAGAAGGCAGAGCUCCCUGGACUUGUGAUCUCCAGCACUGUGGAAGAGGCUUGUGAGGAGCUCCAUGUUCAGGAGGACCGUUCGUUGGAUGUUGAUGAUGAUGAUGAGAACCAACCACUCAUCAGCAAGGGAACUAAGUGAGGGUUCUGAACAAUGUGGGCAGGUGCUUGUUGGGACAGAACAUUGUGUGCAGGUGCUUGCAGGGGCUGAUCAGUGCAGGCAGGUGCUUGCUUGGGCUGAUCAAUGGAGGCAGGUGCUUGCUGGACAGAACACUGUGUGCAGGUGCUUGCAGGGGCUGAUCAAUGGAGGCAGGUGCUUGCGGGACAGAACAUUGUGUGCAGGUGCUUGCUGGUUCAGAACAUUGGGUGCAUGUGCUUGCUAGAAAGAACAUUGGGUGGAGGUGCAUGCUGGGGCAGAACAUUGGGUUCAGGUGCUUGCAGAGGCUGAUCAAUGCAGGCAGGUGCUUGCUGAAACAGAACAUUCUAGGUCGGUGCUUGCUGGAGAACACAUCAUAUUGCAGGCAUGUUCUUGCCAUCGAAGAACAUUGCAGGCAGGUACUUGCCGAGACAACAUUGUGUGUGCAUGCUUGCUCGGGAAGAAGGUAUUGCAUGCUGGUUCCUUAUGGGAUGUAUUGGUUCUUGUUUUGACACUGCAGACAGAUAGAUGUUGGUACCUGUUAACAGUGGAUAGAAUACAUAUCUUCUGGCUUGAUGUUACUACAAUAUGUGAAUGAAUAACUGUUAUAAAUUUAUAAAGAACUCAGUUAUGCAAUGACCAAAAAGAGCUGUCAACAGUUUUAUAACGUCUCUAUCAUUGUACGUCCUUCAUCUAUGUAUAAAUGGCAGGUACAAUUGUGGGGUUGUGGUUUCCUGUGACGUGUGACAGAUUUUUAAAGAAAUCACAGCCUUCCGUGACACUGAAACAGGCAGCAGCUUCUCCUGAGAACAGCAGACAAUAGCAUUACAGUGAGCAAUGGGGCUGAUGCCGUAGAUGCUUGCUGUUUCCUACAGAGUAUAGAGGCGUGUCAAAAUCAUGCGGUUGCUUGCUGGAUUUCUGCUGGGGGCAUACAGACUAUAUGGGCAGUUAUUUAGUAGACACCUAGCCCCUUUGGCAGAUUCCUGGAGUGCUGUGCCAAUAUUCCUCUCUGUGAUGGCUGAGCAAGUCUUGUCAACACUUGUGUGAGAAACUGAUUGUGAUCAUUUUCAAAUUUAGAUACAUCAUGUAUGACUUUUUGUAACAGUGCUUAUUGUUUUAUUUCAAUUGGCAAUAAGUUUUGUAUACAGUCUUGUAGUAUUUGAUACUAUUAUGAUCAGUUAUAUGGGCUUUAAAACAAUGAUUGUUUCCACAGCACUGUCUCAAUAUAUGCUUUGUGAUUAGUCGAAGUCCCUAGUAAAACAUGCCUGUGCUUGUUUACUCAUCAUUGCUCAUUGGAAAUACACAUAUUAUUUUAAUGACCAAACCGACGCGGGUGUUUUGUGUGAUCACAAGAGGUUAGUGUCAGUAUUACGUCUUUCCGACAAGUCCCUUAUCAAAAUGACAAUCACAUCUGAGUUAAUGUGUUUAGGUAAGACUUUAUUUGAUUGUUUAUGGACUUUUUACUGCCUAAUGAAUAAUGAAUAAUCCUAGUUGCAAGGUGUGGAAUUCUUUAUAUAAAAGCCACUUAAGAAUAUUUUUUUUUAUUCAGAUGGAGCAGUUGCUAUGUGCUAUGUGAGCAGUGUUAGCAGUGCUAGUGCAUAUGACUUGUUAUAGGCACAAUAUUUUUAGUGUUGAACAUGUGCAAAUUGGCAUUCAGCAGAAUACAAAGUACCGGUAAUAAUUUGUUUUUACACUUUUCAAUAUUUAAGGGUUGGUUGAAUCCAUAAGCCAUUACAAAAAGUCUUCCCUUAUAUUCCAUGUGUACAAGAUGUCAACCUUGGACAUAACAAUGUUGGAAGUCAAACUGAAUUACGAUGUAACAAUUCUCAAAAUUGCCAGCAGAUGUCAGGGUUUAUGAUUAAUGUCAGCACCUGCUGGUCAAGUGACUUUGCAUACUUGAUAUCCCAGUUCAGAGUAUCUCCUUUCUGUUAUGAUGAAUACCCUGCUGCCAUUCACGACUAUAUCUUCAAUUCAGAAGUGACAUCACCAGCUCCAUCUCUCUGGUAACUAACUUUGCACAUAAUUACUCUGUAAUUCGCUUGACAACCAACAACCAGUCCAAUCUCAUUAAAAUGAGAUCUAAGUUCUGAGGACAUCCCAUUACGGGUAACGUCAGAACGACCUUUCCUGAACAGUGACCGACCACUGAAACGACUAACAAGAAGUCGACAUCAGCCAAUUA